CAUUAAUUUUCAGAUCAAAAAGUUUGAACAGUGAAUUCCAGAAGCAUUUGUUGACUUUGCUUGUAACAAGACAAAACAGAAGAGAAGCUAUUAACUUUGUCCGUUCAGACACGACCAGGUCAUUGAUUGGACCCGUUCCACUUUUCUUCCUCUCGCACAUAAUAUCUACCUUCAUUACCUUCUCUGCAAAUUUCUCUGCAAAUUGCACGGUGGAACCAUUAAACCACUGGCAACAUGUUGAACAAGAAACCACCCUUGUUAUGGCUUUCUCUCCUCAUCACAUGCUUCUUCUCUUUCCACACCUGUACUUCACUCGCAGCUUUGACCACCAUCUCAGCAAAUCAAUCUCUCUCUGGGGAUCAAACUCUUGUCUCCCAAAAUGGAACCUUUGAAUUGGGUUUCUUCACCACAGGUAACAACUCUAAAUACUAUAUAGGCAUGUGGUACAGAAAGAUAUCUCAAAAGACUUAUGUUUGGGUCGCAAAUAGAGACGACCCAGUUUCUGAUAAGAAUUCUGCUAAAUUAACAAUAUUGGAUGGUAAUUUAGUGGUAUUAGACCAGUCCCAAAAUAUAGUUUGGUCAACCAAUUUGAGUUCUCCUAGCUCAGGUUCUGUGGUAGCCAUGCUUCUAGAUUCUGGGAAUCUUAUAUUAAGUGAUAGGCCUAAUGCAUCGGCAACUGAUGCUAUGUGGCAGAGUUUUGAUCACCCCACAGACACGUGGCUUCCCGGUGGCAAGAUAAGUUUGAACAACAAAACAAAGAAGCCACAGUAUCUGACUUCAUGGAAGAAUGUUGAAGAUCCUGCAACGGGAAUGUUCUCUCUUGAACUAGACCCUGAAGGAAGCAAUUCGUAUUUGAUUCGUUGGAAUAGAACUGAGCAGUAUUGGUCAAGUGGUUCUUGGAAUGGACACAUUUUCAGCUUGGUUCCUGAGAUGAGACUAAACUACAUCUACAAUUUCACCUUUGUGUCCAACGAGAACGAGAGCUACUUCACCUACUCUUUGUAUAACGAGUCUAUUAUAUCUCGCUUUUUUAUGGAUGUCUCGGGUCAGAUUAAGCAACUGACGUGGCUGGAGAAUGCUCAGCAGUGGAAUUUGUUCUGGUCUCAGCCUCGGCAACAGUGUGAGGUGUAUGCCUUCUGUGGUGGAUUUGGGACCUGCACUGAGAAUUCCAAGCCAUAUUGUAGUUGUUUGACUGGGUAUGAGCCAAAGUCACAAUCUGAUUGGAAUCUUACGGAUUACUCAGGGGGGUGUGUGAGAAAGACGGAGUUGCAAUGUGCCUCACCAAACUCCUCUAACAAGGACAGUGACAGGUUCCUUUCAAUUCUCAACAUGAAAUUGCCUAAUCAUUCACAAUCCAUAGGAGCCGGGAAUGUUGGGGAAUGUGAAACAACAUGCUUGAGUAACUGUUCUUGUACUGCAUAUGCUUAUGACAAUAAUGGUUGUUCAAUUUGGUAUGGUGAUCUCUUGAACCUGCAACAGCUUACUCAAGAUGACAGCAGUGGGCAGACUUUGUUUCUCAAACUUGCAGCGUCUGAGUUUCAUGAUUCUAAAAGCAAUAAAGGGACACUCAUUGGUGCUGUUGCUGGAGCUGUUGGUGGUGUGGUGGUUCUUGUAAUUGUUUUGGUGUUUGUGAUUCUGCGGCGCAGAAAGAGACAUGUUGGGAUAGGAACAACUGUGGAGGGCUCAUUGGUGGCAUUUGGGUAUAGGGAUUUGCAAAAUGCCACGAAGAAUUUCUCAGAGAAACUGGGAGGAGGGGGUUUUGGCUCUGUCUUCAAAGGAACAUUGUCUGAUUCUAGUGUCAUUGCAGUAAAGAAGCUUGAAAGCAUUAGCCAAGGUGAGAAGCAGUUCAGAACAGAAGUGAGCACAAUUGGGACAGUCCAACAUGUGAAUCUUGUAAGGCUUCGCGGGUUCUGCUCCGAAGGUACUCAAAAACUUCUGGUUUAUGAUUACAUGCCAAAUGGUUCCUUGGAUUCGAAAAUGUUUCAGGAAGAUGGAUCAAAGGUGUUGGAUUGGAAACUGAGGUACCAAAUUGCUCUUGGAACAGCAAGAGGGUUGACUUACCUUCACGAGAAGUGUAGAGACUGCAUCAUACACUGUGAUGUGAAGCCAGAAAACAUUCUCCUUGAUGCUGAUUUUGUUCCAAAGGUGGCAGACUUUGGCCUUGCAAAGCUGGUUGGAAGGGACUUCAGCAGGGUCCUCACUACCAUGAGAGGGACAAGAGGUUAUCUUGCCCCAGAGUGGAUAUCAGGUGUGGCCAUCACUGCAAAAGCUGAUGUCUACAGCUAUGGAAUGAUGCUUUUCGAGUUUGUGUCAGGUAGGAGGAACUCUGAGGCAUCGAAAGAUGGCAAAGUGAGGUUCUUCCCAACUUUUGCUGCAAACACUGUCCACCAAGAAGGGAAUGUGCUUAGCUUGUUGGACCCUAGGUUGGAGGGAAAUGCUGACAUUGAAGAGGUCAUUAGAGUCAUAAAAAUUGCUUCAUGGUGUGUCCAAGAUGAUGAAUCUCACAGGCCUUCAAUGGGUCAGGUGGUUCAAAUCCUUGAAGGGUUCUUGGAUGUGACUUUACCUCCAAUUCCAAGGACCCUUCAAGCCUUUGUUGACAACCAUGAGAACAUAGUUUUCUUCACUGACUCCAGCUCCACACAGAGUUCACAGGUAAAGAGUACCUCCUCUCAAGCCAAGAGCAACACCUCAUCCAAUAAUUCUCAGUCCUUAUGACAAAAUUAAGAUCACAUGCCUUCUCUCAGUCACUCAAGAACAAUAGGUGAAGCCAUACUUUGAUUUUGAGGCAUUUAAUUCUAAUGUUAUGGUUUGCCAAAGAAGGAUUUCUGCUAAGAUGCUUGUGUGUUCAACCAAAAUAAUGUCAUCUGUUUUUAUUUGUAUGAGCCAGUUGGGACUUGGGGGAUCAUUAGAGGAGAAUUGUGGCAGAAACAUGGUGCAUGUAACUUAGAUACAUUAAGUAAUAAAUUAAUAAAUGUUCGAGAUUCUCUGGAACACUUUUGUAACAUAGUAGUCGCAGAUUUUGUUUUACUUUUCCACAGUAAGGAUAUUCUCAGAUAUUUUUUACGUUUCCAGACAACAAACUCUUCCAAAUGUUUUAGACUUUUUGUUUAGAACUGGACAAGUGUCCUCUUCAUUAUUCAAGCUUGUUGGAAGAUACACUUUCCUAGAAAGUGAUUGAGACUUUACAAAAGCCUAUGAUAGAAGAAAGACAUCAUAACAAUA